AUGCAACAAGUGCGCAGUCCUCCAGACCAAGAGAAGGAGGCAAGCUGGGGAAGUAGUUUAGUUGAUUGCGCAAAUUUAACUCUCUGUUCUUAUCUAUCUAUCUAUCUAUCUAUCUAUCUAUCUAUCUAUCUAUCUAUCUAUCUAAGCCUUCUGCUCAUUAUCUAUCUAUCUAUCUAUCUAUCUAUCUAUCUAUCUAUCUAUCUAUCUAUCUAUCUCAGUUUGUUCAUAUCUAUCUAUCUAUCUCAAUCUUCUUUUUGGCCUCUUUUCAAGAUUCAUGUACUUGUUUCUUCUUCUUCUUCUUCUUCUUCUUCUUCUUCUUCUUCUUUUCUUCUUCUUCUUCUUCUUCUUCUUGUAAAAGAAGCAUCUUACGUUUAUUACCCCUUUCUCUCAAAUUACAGCCUUUUCUUCUUUUCUUCUCUUCCUACUUCACCACCUCCGUCUUCCUCUACAUCUCUUCUCCCCUUCUUAUUCUGUUUAUCACCCCCCUACUCUUUCCUUUUUAACCUUCCCUGCACCUCCUCAACCUCCCCAUUCUUCUUCUUCUUCUUCUUCUUCUUCUUCUUCUUCUUCUUCUUCUUCAAAAGAAGUAUCUCACAUUUCUUUGACCUCUUUCUUUUCAUUGGCCAAACCACCGUUCUUAUAACACCCUUACCUCCUUCUCACCAUCCAUCUUCUCUUUACCAUUCCCUGACCCCUAAUCCUCCCUUUCUCGUCUUUUCAACUUUAUCCAUCUCCUUCAAGACAUUCUUCUUCUUUCCUUUCACACUUUGCUUCCUGCCUCAGCCAGCCGAACUCCAUAGACUGUCUUUACGUCUAAAAACAAGGUCACCACCUCGACAACGACGCCGAGGUAAUCGAUUGAAAACAGUUUUUCGGACAAUUUCUCCCUCUCUCUCUCUCUUUCUUUCUCUCACUCUCUCUCUCUCUCUCUCUCUCUCUCUCUCUCAUUCAUUCAUUCAUUCAUUCUUUCUUUCUUUCUCUCACUCACUCUCUCUCUCUCUCUCUCAAAUGCCAUAG